AUGGUGCGUAAAUUGUACCGACUAAUUGACAGCAACGCAUGCUGGGUUUUACUUGGUAGUAGAGCGAAUAAUGUGUUUUCCACAUUUGAAGAAUCUUGUGACGACAUACAAUGUUCAAAUGUAUACGAUCCAGUGUGCGGUGAAGCAACAGCGCUUAACGGCAAAAGAGUUAUCAAAAGAUACCACAAUAUUUGUUACUUGAGAAUGAUACAAUGCCAAUUUAAAAUUGCAGACGUUCAACGAAUUCCUGAUGAUAUGUGCAAUAUCAAUAAAAUUCUUGUUGAUCCUGUAAGUGGCCGCAGACUCGCAGAUUUUAGCAUAGUUGGAGCUCAUCAGGCUUGCAACCACACGUGCCCAACUUUCUGCUUAGACACAUAUGAUCCGGCGUGUGCACAAAUAUGGGCCCAUAACAUGCAGAGCUACGUCUACAGACCAAUGAUCAACCAUUGUCAUAUCGAUCUAUAUUCUUGCGUUGUUGGAGUUAACGUCACCAUUCAACCUUUAAUCGGUAAAUGUUACAAGAAUCCCUCCGCAAUAAACUUCAUGUUCCACGUUGCCUCGUUGAAAACCCUCAAGCUACUCGACGAGCCGCCCUCAGAACAGAUCACUGGAAAGAGAUCCUCACGAAGAGCUAAUGUAAACCGAAUUACCAAAAAGGAAAUUAAAGAUUUCCUUAAAAGUCUUGGUAACCGCAUUCGAAUGAUUGGAUAA